AUGGCCAGGCUCCGCUCCAGCCUGCUGCUCCUGAUGGCCACGGUGGCCCUCGCAUCCAGAGGUGUACAGGCCUGGGGUUCAUCGAAGGUGGUGAGGAAAUUCCAAGACAUCCCCAAAUCCUACGUAUACGUGCAGCAGGCACUGUGGUUCGCCAUGAAGGAGUACAACAAGGCCAGCAAGGACAAGUACACCUUCAAGGUGAUGCAGAUUCUGAAUUCCCAGGAGCAGGUCACGGAUAGUUUGGAUUACCUUCUUGAAGUCAAAAUUGCCCGGACAAUGUGCAAGAAAGUUUCAGGGGAAAAUGAAAACUGCUUAGUACAACGGGAUCCCAAAAUGCAGAAGAUGUUUCAUUGCACCUUUAUUGUGGCAUCCAAACCCUGGAACUUUGAACUCACUAUGCUGAAGAAAGAAUGCCAGCCUGUCUAA